AUGAUUCAACUUGCAGAUCUGCUGAACAAAAUUUCCGUGACUACCGAUGCCCGGUUAUCGAAUGCCCAGUUUGAGAUUCAAUUUCGGCAAUGGAAGGGUUUCAACUUUGUCUUCUAUUGGACCGCAGACUCUUUGAACCUGCCCAUCCGAAUAGGAGAUGACUGGGAACAGAAUACAUGGAUGAUAUCGUCUGCCAUGCUGGAAAAUGGUCUAUCAUGGUGGCAAUCUUGGAUUUGUGUGUGGAUUGGUAACUCUAUCGCGGCUUGCUUCGUAUGUCUAAUGGGUCGUAUUGGCGCCGUGUACCAUAUUCCAUUCGCCGUCGCAAAUCGCGCUUCCUUUGGAGUUUGGGGUUCUUUUUGGCCUGUGGCUACCAGAUGUGCAAUGGCCAUCAUAUGGUAUAGCGUGCAGAAAACGCCAUGGAAGCUUACCUACUCUCUUCUCAUCGAACUUGAAGGCGAAUGUGUGACUAUAAUGCUUGAAGCAAUAUGGUCGAAAUAUGCUGAUGUUCCAAAUGCACUGCCCACUAAAAGUGGUGUUACCACUAAGAGCUUUGCCAGCUUCUUUCUAUUCUGGCUUCUCUCCUUACCAGCACUAUGGAUUCCAGUUCAUAAGGUUCGCCAUUUGUUUACUAUCAAAUCGAUCUAUUCUCCAGCAGCUGCGAUAGGCUUUGUUAUCUGGGCAACUAAUCGAGCUGGAGGUGUCGGUACUGUGUUUAAACGGCCAAGCACAGUUCAUGGCGGGACCCUUGCUUGGGUCAUAAUCAAGAGUAUCAUGCAAACCCUUUCUAAUUUCACCGCGCUAAUUAUCAAUAUCCCGGAUUUUGCGAGAUAUGCAAAAACCCCAGAAAGUGCAUUAUGGACUCAGCUCAUAACGAUCCCUAUCUCAUUUGCCAUAACUUCGCUUUUUGGAAUCCUUCUUUCAACCGCAUCAACUGCCAUCUAUGGACAGCCUAUGUGGAACCCUCUCACGCUUUUACAUGAAUUCCUAAAAGAUGCUAGCUCGGCCGAGCGUUUAGGUGUCUUCUUAAUCGCCCUUGGUCUUGCCCUUGCACAACUAGGAACAAACGUCGCAGCAAAUUCAGUCUCAGGUGGCACUAAUAUGGCAGCAUUACUUCCUCGGUUUAUCAAUAUCAGACGGGGUAGCUAUAUCUGUGCAGCUCUUAGUCUGGCUGUCUGUCCGUCGUCCCACAAAAGUAACGAAUGCAUUAUAGUGGAAAAUAAUCUCUUCCCCGCCGAAUUCAACAUAUUCCUCACCGCAUUAUCUACAUUUCUGUGCCCAAUCAUCGGUGUCAUAAUCAGCGACUAUUACCUCGUACGCGGAGGCUGCCUUGACGUCAAGGAGCUAUAUAGCGCUCGGAAAAGCGGACCCUACUACGGGAUCUACGGUGUUUCCUGGCGGGCAUACCUGGCCUACAUCCUUGGCAUUUCGAUUAAUAUUCCUGAUUUCGCGGGUAUUAUAGGGGCAAAUGUUCCUUCCGGCGCGCAGCGUAUCUAUGAUGUCAAUUUUAUUUCUGGGUUUAUUGUGUCUAUGGGGAUAUAUUGGAUUUUGGCUCGCAUCCAGCGUGCAUUUUCGAUAAGUGAUGACUUGAACCGAGCGCAGAAUAAUCAAAUUUGUUCUGUAUAG